AUGGGUAAAAUUUUAAAUAUUCUUUUUUUAAUUAUUUUUACACAAAGUAUUUUUAUUUCAUCAAGUUUUGGAUAUUCAGCACCAAAUAGAACUAUUGAAAUACAAACAGAAACUACAUUUAGUAUUCAAUUUAUACAUUUAGCAACAAAUUUAUUAUUAUCAUCACCAAUUCCAAAGAUCCAAAGUUUCGAUCAAUCAUGUACUGGUAGAAUUUAUAAUUUUCAAUUAGAAACAUGUGUUUAUAUUGAUGAUGAUUGCAUAGAGAAUAGUUUUAUAAAUAUUAAUCAAACAAAAGCAGCAUCAACCCCAACAGGAUACAUGUACCAAAUUGAUAUUUAUGAUUUACCAAGUUCAAAUCAAAAAGCAGGUUGUGAAGAUAUGACAAUUGUGCCAACACUAUCAUCACAAUUUAAUUGUAGUAAUGAAAAUUCGAAUGGGUUAUGGCAACAAUUCAAUCAAUUGAAUGUAACAUGUCAAUCAAAUAUAAAUACAGAUACCUUUUUUAAAUAUUCAUUUAAUAAAUGUGUGAAUGUGACAAGUCAACUUAAUAAAUGCUCAUAUAUUACAAACCCUGAUUGUCCAUUUGAUUCAAUACUAUUCUCUGGUGACCCAUAUUUUCCAUCAGUUUCAACCUAUUCAAAUGGUGAUUGUUAUCAAGAUGGUUUAAUUAAUACAAUUAAAUUAUUAUGUUCAGAUAAUCCAUCAUAUAAAUUAAAUUGUUAUGAUAAUGAUUCAUAUUAUUCUCCAAAUUCUUCAUCAUCAUUAUUAUUAUCAUCAUCAUUUUUAUUAAUUUUAAUAAUUUCAAUAUUAUUUUAA